CACGAGCGUCCUCAAUUAGCUCUCGGCAUGACGUCAGUAAGGUGACAUGGGCGCUGCACGCUAUUAAGGGGCUGCAUGAGCUGCACAUUGCAUGCAUUAUCCCCCGUCUCUGCUCGCAUUUGAAGAGGAUUGUGCAGCGGGCCCUGGUCCGUCCGGUCCGGCUCGAUCGGGCUCGACUCCGCUCCUCUGCAGGGCUGCAGCUCUGCUGACUGACAGAGAUGAGGGGUGGGGACGCAGGGUGGGGUCACAAGCAGGGAGAGGCGGAGGAGGAAAAGGCAGAGAGAGAGAGCCCAGCCCUUGAAUACACGGCAACAACAAGCCGACUCAGAGAGAGGGAGAGACACAGAAAGCCUCGGCCGUAUUUCUGAUUUGUUUUGGGGGGAUGAAGCUCAGGGAGCCGUCGACGCUGCUGCGGACAUGAACUGAAAAGACACACUGGAAGAGGCGGGGAUCGGUGUUCCUAUAUAUCCCGAACGUUCACAGUAAAGGUGGAAAAAAAUAGCACCGCCCCCAAAAAAGAGCGGACCUCCUGUCUCCCCUCUGACAGUUCUUGUUCAGAUAGUGCUACACCCAAAGCCCCGAUCGACCCCCUCCUGCUCCUGCUGCUCCACCCCUCCGCCGCUGCACCGCUCCGGCAACCGAGAUGCACACGGAGACCCGUAACAAGAAAUGCCAGUCGACUCCAAAGCAGAAGAAGAGUGCCGCUGGUGCCCGAAAGAAGCAGAGGAGCCCGGCCAAGCAGAGCGCCGUGACCCGGCAGCCGCCGUCCUCACCUCCGCCCCCCGCUGCCCGACGAGAGCAGGAGGAGGAAGAGGAGCUGGCGACUGGGCCUCGGCCACCGCACAAGGAAGAGGAGAAGCCGAAGGAGGUGGGGACGCUCCCCGUCAGGGUGAAGCAGGAGGAAACGGAAGAGGAGAAGGAGGCCCAAGGCCGGAGAGACAUGCCCUCAAUACAGAUCAAACCAGAGCCAGAGGAGAUGGAGUGCACGGCGGAUGUAGGUGAUGACUGCUCCCAACCGACAGACCUGAAGAUGAAGUCAGAGGUCAAGGCGGAGCCGUCUUCGCCUCACUCCAGUCCCGCUGAGGACCAGACCGAACCCGUCGACCUGUCGCUCAACAAGCCUCGCUCUGCUUCCACAACGAGCUCCACAGUCAACCCGGCGCCCAGCAGCGCCACCUCCCAGCCCGGCCUGUCAGCCACACCCGUUCCCUCCACGGUACAAUCCAUAGGCUCCAUGGUCCUCUCUCCAGGUUCUAUCCUAGCAACACAAGGAGCCGGAGGACAGCAGAUUCUCCACGUCAUCCAUACAAUCCCUUCGGUCAGCAUGCCGAGUAAGGUGGGCCAACUGCAGACCAUCCCUGUGGUGGUGCAGUCACUUCCUGUAGUUUACACCACCAUGCCCACAGACGGCGUCGCAACGGCAGCCAUCACAGUGCCACUGAUAGGCAGCGACGGGCGCUCAGAAGGAUCAGUUCGCAUCAAGCCGGGCUCGACGUCUCCAGUGGAGUAUCAGAGUGACAGCGACGCAGAGAGCGGUCACUCCGGAUCGGCUUCCCUAAGCGCCCAGAGCAUCGAUGCAGGGUCAGUUAUAGAUUUGGAACCUGUCGAUCCCGAUACACUAGACCUAAAGAGGCGGCGGAUCCACAUGUGUGACUAUGAAGGCUGUAAAAAAGUUUAUACCAAGAGCUCUCACCUCAAAGCCCACAGGAGGAUACACACAGGAGAGAAGCCGUACCACUGUACUUGGGAGGGCUGCACCUGGCGCUUCGCCCGCUCCGACGAGCUCACCCGACACUUCCGCAAGCACACAGGAAUCAAACCUUUCCGCUGUACGGAAUGCGACCGCUCUUUCUCUCGGUCUGACCAUUUGUCCCUUCACCGCCGCCGCCACGUGAUGAUGUGAACAUCCCUCCAAAACCAGCCCAUCGAACCGACCUCUGACCCUCUCGGGUUCCCAGAGUCCACCCGCUUAGACAAGAGCCUCCACGAUGUUCCACGUUUUGCGUCCAGGAUUUCUAAACACAAUCUGCAGAGGGGGAGCAAGAACACUUCCUCUUUCUCUCCAUGUUGAAAUUACAGGACAACUGGGAGUGUGUCUGUGCAUAUGUGUUUAUGCAUGGUGGAUUUAUUAAUUAUCUUCAUUGUGCAGCCCAGUUCAGUCCUAUCUCUACAAUCCAGAACUCAGUUUUUGAAAGGAUUGGGAGAAAAAGAUGGGACUGAAACUCACUCAUCCAUCCAUCCAUGAGUCCAUCCAAGGGAGAGGAGGAGGAGGGGAUACAAAGAGGUUGUUCAGUGUUUUUUAAAAAUCUAAUGUUAUUUGGAUGUCACUUCAGUUGCUUUCCCCCCCCCCCUUUUUUUUCUUUUUUCAUUCUGAAUUCAGUUGAAGCCUGGAGUUGGUGAAGAGCUGUUCAGUCGCUCCUCAAAGAGUUCAGGAACGUUUUCAGGAAUGCUGACUUUGUGUUUAAGCCCUGUGCUGUGACAUGAGAUUUAGCUGUGUGAUCAAACAACUCACCAUGAAGAAUGCCAUCUAACAUCCUAGUAAAUUUAUUAUUGACAUGAUGUAGAGCGAGCAGUGUUUGAGUUGAAUCCCUUCUUUUCAAUACGAAUAAGCAACAUAAAUGCUGGAAAAUUAGGGGUACUAGGAACUUUUUGCUGGUGCAUCUCAAUAAACUGCACCAAGAAAAAAGUUAAUUUAUUGUAGCUGAAAAUAAAGAUUUUUGUAUUGCAUUAAAAAUUUCACUAAGAAUAACAUAAUUCUAGCAUUUAUUUUAAGGAUUAGCAGCAUUACGACUAUUGCAUUAGAAUAAUAAAAAUGAUUUAAAUGGUGAAAUGUGGGCAUAUUGAAAAGUACGCAUUAUAGAGUUGUUGGUCCAGAGUCGUUUUGCAUGGAUCGGCGAUCUGCCUGCGACUAGAAGGUGGUUUAUAAAUGACAUUUAGCUCGCCUUCCUUGGUGGAUCUGGUUUCUCUCAUCUUUUAAGUCACAUCUUAGUAAAUGUUUUACUCAAGUUUUUUAAUGAAUGGAGGAAAUUCAACUGACUUCCUGGGGUUCCUGCAAACACAGCCUCUAAUAUUUAUAGAUAAAGUACUUCGCCGACUCCAUGUUGCAAACCCACCUGCGGCAGCUGAAGUGACAUGUCCAGGGUCUGGGUCCUUCCCGCCUCUCCUCUGUACAUGGAGCUGCAAGACUGUGAACUUUUUAAAGACUGAUUAGUUUUUUUUUGUUUUUUGUUUUUUUUCAGUGAAUCAGUCACAUUGUUCAUGUUUUCCCUCCACCUCUCCCUCGGGCGUGCACACACACCUUUCCAAUCCUUCUUCGGCAACAGUAUUUGCUUUGUAUGCGUUCUUAUUGGUGUUUUACAAAAAAAAAAGAAGAAGAAGGAAAGCUAGGCCUUCGGUGAACAGUUUGUUUUAUUCCUUCUCCAGGUUUGCCGAUCUGAACAGUAACGACAACAAAAAAAAUAAAUAAGUCAGAUCCUUUUUGUUGAUUUUCUGAGGCUGUGAAAAAGACGGAGCAACACAAGUUGUUUAAUAAGACAAACUCUUCAUGCAGGGAAACAUAAUAGGGGGGACUUUUCAGAUUGUGUGUUAGUUGCCUGCGUUUGUGUGACUGUGGGUGAGUUUUGAGAAAAAAAAAAAAACAAACAAAAAAAAAAACUAGAAAUAAUCAGAAAUGAACAUUUUUACGAGUGUUUAUUGCGGGCAUUUGUCAACGUUCUUUUACCUCUUGCCCGUUGAGCCUUAAUAACUGAAGUCAAUCUGUAAGGGCGAAACCAGAGCCACUGAGACGAAGUUCGCAGUCCAAACCGUGACCUAAUAAAUCAAAUAAAUCAUAAAUCCAGCAGCUUUUGGAGGUUUUCUUAGGCCUCGUCCACACGUAGCCGGAUGUCAUCCACAUGUAAACUCAGUUUAAUAUCAUUAAAAUCGAUUUGUGUUUCAUUGGCUCUAUAUUCUAGUACUAAACAUAGCUCAACCUUUGUUUUGAUUUCUUUCAAAAAAGAAAUAUUUUUAUUACAAACAAAGACAUUACAUCGAAAGAUGUUCAACACAAUAAAGAGGCAUAAUGACGUAUAUAUCACAUAAAUUAACCACAAUUAUCAGCAAUAUUGCUGUUAGUGUCUAGAAAUCCACAAUGUAAAAAAAAUUAAGCAAAAAAAAAAGUUCAAUAAAUAUAUACAUAAAUGAAUAAAAUAAAAUAAUGUGCACCUUUUAGUCUGUACAAAUACUAUUUUCUUGAAUGUGCAAAAAAAAUCAAAUGCAUAUAAUAAAGGGUCUGUUACAAUGAAAAUAAAAAUAAAGAAUAUGAAAAAAGGGCUCUGCUUAUGAGAUAAAGAUAAAUUUAUUUUCGUUUAUUAAUUCGUUAAGCAGCUCAACCUCUCUGUCCACACAAAUUCUAGUGCCAUGUUUUAUUCCUUACAGGAAGUGGUGGUUGUUUUGAAGGAUGUAAUUGGCUGACAUAGAUUUCAGCUUUGCCCUACACUGCCCCCUAUGGGUUUGGCAUGUUUAAAACAACGGUGAGUGGUGUAACCCAGCAGUUUCGUGUUGAUGAAGACCUUUAUUAAACAGAUCCUGUGGACGCGAUGUUAUUAUUUCACAUGAUUUGGCAGAGAUAUUUGUUUUUAUAAAGCCCCGGCUACGUGUGUUCAAGACCUUAAAGACAAGGGAGAAAAUGUGAGGAUCUCCACUAGAUUAGUUUGAAAAUUAAUUAUGUGAAUUUGUAGCACCAGAAAUUGCUUCAUUUUGCGACUCGUGUUCAUCUUUGUUGAAACAUCCUGUGACGUACGUCAGGUUUUGGCUGUAGGUCGUCUGUCAGAGGUCAACAAUGAAAUUACAGGCACUGUACCGGGCUGUCAGGGUCCAUCACGCCUUUGGGUUCAGACCACGGGGAAACUAUAGUGCUCUCCUCACUAGCAUUUCUGCCCCAAGAGGCUUGACCCCAGGGUCAAACCCCUCAGUAAAUAUACAGUGUGCUCCACAAAAUACUGAGCAAAUCUGGAUUUAAUGGGGUUUAUUUUGUUUGUUUUUGUUUUUUGGUGCUGUUCAGCACAUAAAUCAAACUGUUGGUGUUUUGGAGCAGAACUGAUCCUGUGUACAUGUCUUAAACAUGCUGGUUUCCAACCCCUGACCUGGGCUGAACUUGAUUAUGCAACAAAACGCAGACCUCGCUCCACGCGCUGUUCUGUUCAACUCAGUAAGUAGAGCACUAGCUUGGUAGUUUGAACUCACAAAAAUCUUAAAAAUGUGGGAACGUCAGGAUAGAAGCCUGUGUUGUUGAGCAAAGCCAACAGAUUCUAAGUUUUUAUGGAGGCUUCGUUGGCGAUUGAAAGAACCUCUUUUAUAGUUCUGGUCUGUUCAUGUGCAAAAAAAAAAAAAAAAAAGAUAUUCUGUUUAUAGACCAUACGGAUUUUUGUCAUUAUUUAAAAAAUUUGAAAGUGAGAAUGCAAAGUUGGUGAAUGAAAUGGACAUGCAGGUUUCCUGUGAGCUGAGUGCAUGCUGAGACCAGGGCAGAUUGUUGCUUUUCCUGCAAACUGCAAAAGAAGAUCAAUCCAAAUACAGUCACUGGACCUGAGUCGGGAUUUUAACUUGUUUUGCUGUAAAUCAGUGGAAGCUAGAUAAAAGAAAUACGAAAAGUUCUUCACAUAAAAACAAAUGUUUAAAAUCCUAACUCAGUUCAGUCACUUGUUUGGAGGGACAUUGUUCUUUUUACUUGAGCAGACCAACACAACAGUCCCAGUUUUCUUAUUAUCCCCUCUUGCUUCAAGAAAAAAAAAGAAAAAGUUACUAAGCACAUCUUUUUAGAAGAGUUUAUGCAUUUGAUUGCAAUUUUCUUUCUUUUGUAAACUGUUGAUAAGACAUUAAGGACAAAUAAUUAAAAGAAAUCCAUGUACAUAACUGUAUAUAAUCAGAUAGUGCAGAGUAAAUGUAACGGGUGAAUUUCUAUUUUUAACACUGACUAGAUAAUGUGAAAAAAAAAAAAAUCGUUUUUCUUUUUCUUCCUUUGUUGGUUUGAUGAAAAUAUGUUUCAUCAUGAGUGUUGUCCCCCCAAAAUGCAUUUGUUUCGUAGUUUCUUAAAAAGUGGUCCCACUUGUGUUGUGAACACUUGUGUUGCAUGGAGAAUAGCUUUGUUUUUCUUAUAGUGACGUUGGUGAGCAUGUAAGUGCGUGUGAGACAGUUUGGGUGGGGUGAGGAUUUUUGUUAAAAAAGACGAACAGGGUUUUUAUUUUUCAAUAGUGAAAGAGCUUAAUGUUUUAUCACUGGACCUGAUUUGAAUUCUGUCACACAAAAAGCACUCGGAUGUUGUCGGUAAGGUCAUCUGAGCUUCAGGUGCGGUCAACAGAAACAGACUCACUGGGGUCAAAUCAGAAGCGAGCUUCACAUUUUUUACUUUUGUAGAAAGUUUGAAAAGUUCCCAAAUAGAACAUAAAAGAUUCUAACAUAUGAAUACAUUCUAUUUUAUGCAAACAAAAUACAUGACCACAGAAAGAGUUCAGCCUUACAAGCAAAACGAUCUUUAACUUUGACGCUACAUAAACUUAGAAGUAACAAUUGUGAACUAUGUUUCUUUAUAACAUGUUUUUUCAAUCUGGGUUUAGAUAUUAAUGUCACCAUAAAACUCAAACAAAAUACAAAAUCAAUUAUCUCAUGGCUAAAUGUUUUGUUGAGGCAAACGGAGCAAUACUAGCUUGUGAUGCUUUGAACAUUUCAGCUUUUAAUCUAAAAGUUUUACAUUUUAUUUUUCUUAGUUUAAAAAUAUCUCUAAAUAUAUCGUUUAAUCUCGAGACGUUGAAGUGAUUACAAGUCUCAUUCUACUAAGCAGGGUAGCUAAUUCACUCAAAUGCAACACUAAUUGGUAAUAUCAAAGGUUCAAAAUUCAAAUUUUCUUGUUUGAUAUGUGUUUUUCCAACUUCAUGUGUGGGUUGAUCCCAAAGCUUGAAAUGCAUAAAGGAUGAAAAAGCAAACUAAAGAAGCUAAAUAUUGAAGAAACAGAUUCACAAAGGCACAAAAGCUGACAUUUCCAGCACUUUACCAAUUAAUUAAUGAAAUUUAUGUAAUUUCGUAAAGCUAAACUAUACAAAUGCUCUAAAAUGACAAAUUAUGUUUUUCAAUUUAUUAGCUACAGUUGGACAUACAAAUGCCAUAAUCUAAAUGUGAGAGACGCUAUCAACGAAGAAGCAAUGUCUACGAGAAAAUUUUUUUACUAAACUUAAAGGAAUAUUACCAGCCCUGACCAGCAAACACAGGACGGAGCUAAUUCAUUAAGAUGGUACAUAAUAUACAAGCACACAAGCUAAUUGCAUUUAUAGGUUGAUUAGGAUAACAAGUGCUAUUUUUCCUGUUUUAAUAUUUGUCAACCAAUUUCGUUUAAUGUCAGAGAGUUUCAUAAGCUCCACUGAGAAUAAUGAGAAAGCACAUUUCUAGAUUUCUAGAAGCUAUUGGAGUUAUAAUGCGAGCAAUACUAGCUUGUAUGGAACAAAUGUGAGGUGCUUUAACAUUUUGGCUUAUUAAUUCACAUUUAUGUGGGGUUUUCUCUUACGUUAAAGUGAAAAAUCCUCCAAAUUUGAGCAUUAUUUAUAGAAAAAUAUGAAUACAUCCCUAGACCUGACUGCUAAAGCUAAAUGACUUCUUUUUUAGUUAGUUCAGAAAUCAAGCACUUGAUAUUAAAUUUUUGUUCUUCAUUUUAAGUUUUUUUUAAUGAAGAAAUACCCUAACAUUGAGGCUGAUGUUGAAGAGGCAGAAUUGAUGCUUAUAAACCUUUUUUAUUUUUAUCAGACAAAAGAAACAGGAAAUACUUAUUUAAAAUCAAGAUAGCUUAACAUUUUUCACUUGCUUGCCUAAUAAAGAAAAGACUCAUUGGAGCAAAAGAAGUCAAUAGACAUUUGCCACACAAACCAAAAAGUCAAACAAAACAAUCAGUAUUUUUUUGAGAGGUGGACUUCCUGAGGUUAAAAACUUCUUUGAAGGCCACUAGACGCUGCAUGAUGUUAGCAUUCCAGCAAGAAUAUGAAUUAUGCCAAUUUAAAAGUUGAUUUCUUUCUUUUUAAGUAUUUUCAAAUCUGUUCAAGGAGUAGAUGUAAAAAACUCAAAUUGAUAAUCCAAUGUUUUUGUUGGGACUGAACAUUACUGAACAUUUCUACAGAGCUGCAAAAUAAUCUGAAAGUUGGAAACCACACCUGGUUGCUCCAGACUGCUCAGAGGUGAAUUGUGUUAUUUUGCAGCUGGUUGAAUCAGCAGCACAUAAAUUAAUCAGAGUACGUUCUGUUGUCCUGUUUUCAAGGCAGAAACUUGUAUUUUUGAUCUGCUUGUGCUGCUGAUUGAGCUACUUCCGUCCUGUAUUGUUUUACAAACUGAAUGCAUCCAACAAUGUCAGUUCUGGCUCUGACUCCCAGCUUCUGAGAAAAAAAUAGACUUUUCUUUAAGCGCCAGAGAAUAAUGACAUUUUUGAGUUUUCCUCAGGGUUUCCACAGACUGUAUAUCUCUUUAAGAAUUUGGAUAAUGACUUUAACAUUUUAUAGACUCUCCAGGAAGAUGCAUUUUAUGCUGCUGUGACCCCACCGGAUCUGGUUUAUGACUUAGUAAAGCCACCCAAAAUGGAUCCUUGAAACUAUUAUGAUUGUUAUUUCAGCAGUAUCGUGGAGCAUCCAGAUGAAAUGUUUGUAGAAACAUUUUAAAUCAAAUCUGUUUUGGCUGAGGGAAACGUAUCACAGUCAGAGAGAACAAACUAGAAGUGAAUCCUGUGAGAAAACAAGCAAGCUGUUCAUUUAAAGUGUUUUUAUCCUUCACCCCAGAUCUCAAGUCCCGUCAUUUUAGAGAAUGGCACUUUAGGAAAAAUACUUAACAAGCACAAGAAAUCACAGAAGCUUUCAUGAGCAAAAACACUUUACAUCUAUAGCGUCACAGUGAGGAGAGUCAGCCGGGAUGUAAACGCCUCGUCAUGACGACUCGGACACAGAGUGUUAGUGUGGGAUUUGGAAGGUAAAAUGUCCAGUGUGAAACAAUGUGAAAAUGUAUUUGCUCCCUCACAAACUAAAUAUUUCACAUCAACAAACGAGUUUUAUCAUCAGACAAAAAUGACCAGAGAAAAUAUAAAACGCUGUUUUCAGAUGAUGAUUUAAUUUGAGAUAGGCACUGCAUGAAAAAGGAAUCGCUCCCUAAAUCAAAUAAUUGUCUCUACAUAUUUGCAACAAUUAGUAAUGAGCCUUUUAUGAGACUGUGGAAGAAUUGUGGUCCUUUUAAUUAUAAUUCAGGGCAUGAUAUGUUGCUUUUUGAGAACGUUUAGCCUACUUCAUGCUGUCUGGCGGGUUCUUGAUUCUCCAGGUCUGAUUUGAUCACAUCAAAUUAAAAAUUUAAAUUGACCUUUCCAAAAAAUGCUGAUCAUCUUGUUAUAAAAAGUAUGGAACAAAUUCUUUCAGGAUAUUAAAAUGCAUUUAAUGAGAUGAAACCCUUAAAGUUAAACGAAAAUAAAUCUGUAAGAGAGCAAAUACUUUUUCAUGUUUCUAUAUACUUAACUUUCCUGUUCUGAUUGUUUAUUCUUUAUCAAAUCUUUUGUUAUUCAGUAUUCCUUCAGAGGUUUUUUGUCAUCCUUUUUAAAUGUACACAAACAGGAAUGUUCAUCUGUGAAACAUAUUUUAAGAGUUUGACCCCUGCUGAGACGUCACUGCCCGUGUCCGUCUGUGUGCGCGUGCCUCGACCCACCGUGAAUCAUUUCUCCUGCAAAACCCAGAACUUUUAGGUAUUUUCUAUUUGAAUGCAGUAACUUAUGGGCCAGUAGUGUAUUUACUCAGUGCAAUGCAGUUAUCAUGAUAAUACAAUUAUCUCUUAGUUUCUCUUGAUUUCUAUUUUUAUUUGUACAGAACAAAAGUGUAAAGAUCAGUGCGGAAAACAUGAGCUUUUUGAUACUGUGACUCAUGGUGUUUAAAAGUCGCUUUCUCCCUGUACAGUUGUGAUUAUUUUUGACCCCCUUUCUUCCCUUUCUUCUUCUUUUAUAGAAUAAAAAAAUGUUUUUUGGUGCGAUUUCA